UUGUUUCCUACUGGUGGAGACAUGCUGGACUUCCUGGUGCAGUCAGGUGACAUCAACAAGCCUGACGGGCUGUUGGCUACCUGGUUUCACCGGGCCAACAGCAAGGAGGAGAUGAACAAAGCUCUAACAAGUGAUGUCAUGAUCCUGGAGGCGGAUGUUACUCUGAAGGGUUAUGGAACUCAGGAUGAGAAACCAGUCCCUAUCAUGGCGCAUCCUCCUGACAUUUCCAGUGAUAACACUCUUGACCAGUGGUUGGAUGCUGUGCUGGCUUCCAGGAAAGGCAUCAAGUUGGACUUUAAGUCUCUGGCAUCAGUGGGUUUGUCAUUGGACCUGCUUCGUCAGAAGAAUAGCAGCAAAGGAAUAAACAGGCCUGUGUGGCUCAACGCUGACAUCCUCCGAGGUCCCAACGUACCCAACUUUGUUCCUGCAGUCAAUGGAAGCAGAUUUCUUCAGCUGAUUGAGGAGAAGUUCCCAGAUGUGACUUUGUCUCCUGGAUGGAUGGUUCUGUAUUUGCCUCCACUUUUCAAUGCAACCUACUCCAGGACCAUGAUGGAAGACAUGUACAAUGUGAUCAAAGAUGUCCCACAGAAGGUUACAUUCCCGGUCCACGCUUUGUUGGUUCGCAGGGGCUGGCAACACGUCAGCUGGCUCCUCAGCCAGUCACCACGGUUCAGUCUGACAUUAUGGCAGGGUUCGGAUCAUCCAAGCAUCAGCGACCUGCUGUUUGUCCGCGACAACAGCCACCCCGCCAGAGUCUACUACGAUAUAUACGAACCCACACUGUCCGAGUUUAAACAGGCUGCAAGGAAACAGAGCCGUCUGAGGAGAUUCUAUCCUGGAGGAAACCUGAUGGACUUUCUCUUUCCAGCUCACACCUCAGACACUAACUUCCUGUCUGCAGUCAGACGGGGCGACAGCCUGGCAGUGCGUUGGUUCACCGUCGCUGAUGAGGCCUCUUUACUGGAUCGUCUCUCAGGUGGGCAUGAUGGGAUGUUGGUCCUACAUGUUGUCUCUGACAUCAGUCAACGCCAGGUUCCUGUUAUAAGAACUUCUGGGAGGAACUCAGAGGCCCUCACUCUGCAGCAUGUCCUCCAGCUACUUGGGAAGAAUGCGCAUGUACCUGUGGGUGUUUACCUGCGAGUUCACUCCCUUCAGCUUCUGGAAGCUUCCCUCCAUCUGCUGCAGUCGGCCUACACAGCAGAGGAUCUCUACAGGCCAGUCUGGAUCAGCGUGGAGGGUUUACAGAGCAAUCCCAUCAUCCAUGACUUCAUAUCCAGAGUAGAAAGCUUGUUUCCUUACGUCACCCUGGUCCUGACAGAGCAGACAUGGCCUCCUCUGAUCCCAGCGGCAGUGACCAGCCUGUCCCAGAGGGUGGCGCUGCACCUGAACGCAGCAUUGUCACUGGAAGGACUGAAAGAGCUUCAGUCUCUGAUGGACAGAUGUGACGUUGUGGUGGAGGUGGACACAAACAACAGACCUGGAACUUUCACAGUCUUGAAGGAACUUCUAACCCAGCAAACAGGAACAACAAACACUCACCUGUACCUGAUAUCUGACUAAUCACUCAUGAGAAAGUUACACAAGCAUGUGAUGUUGGAGCUUCAGUCUUCCAGCAUGUACGUUAUGUA